AUGUAUAUGGAGCCGAAUGAGUUUCUCCUCCCGGUGGCUCACUUUCAGAGUGAGUCCUACCGGACCUUUGGCGUGCCAUUUCUACUCAAGGUGAAGGAUAACGAGUCAUUUGUCACUGUCAAGGAGCGAAUUCAAAAAAAACUUGACGUUUCUGAUCAGGAGUUUGAAAAGUACAAGUUUGCUAUCAUCUCAAUGCGUGCCACCUACAUCACCGACGAAGAAAAACAGAUUUUCAAAAAAGAGGAUUACAAUAUGAACAAUUUACCUAUUCACUUUUACGCGCCCAAGUUGUGGCUAGGCCUGGAUCACGUGAACAAAGCGACGGAGCCUUCAAAACACAUUCCCCACGAGACGGCUAUCAAGAUUUACAACUAA